UCUACAUUUCUGUCCGAUUUACAGGCUAACACUUUUUAUUUCAUGGCCGCCAUUAUGAAGCCGUGCUUUAUACUGUCCGUUGGGGUGUUGGUGUAUUUGGGUCAAGUAUUUGGUUCCCAUGACAACCAAUGUCAUCACAAGAGAUUCCGCCGAUGCGCGAAAGCCAUAUCUAAUCUGCAGAUUCCAAUGAUCGAAUCCAAGAAUCCUGAAGACUUCGGUGACCCACAUUCUGUUGUAAAGAAAUUCUGCAGAAAGGCCCACAGAAGUUUGAACUGUGUGUACAACCAACUAGAUGACUGCAAGGGUCACGUGAAGACGGGCGGGGUAGAGGACAGAGCUGGGAUGCUGUCCUAUGUGUGUGGUGAAGGAAGGAAAGAUUUGAUUUCCGGGUCGUCCUGUUGGCUGGACAACAACGUUGCUGCCCGGUUACGUCACUGUAAGGCCAAACACAACGUCGACAACAUCGCCGCCAGCGUUCACAAAGACAACAUCACCGAUUCGUACGCGUUCUGCAACUCCCUGGACGACUUUGUGUGGGCCUGCAUGGGUGACUGGACCAUGAAGAGAUGCCCAUACAACCUGGCGGCCUUCAUUAUCCGGACAGUCAACCCAGAGACACUCUCGGCCAAGCUGAAGUGCUGACCGUUCUCUUUGAUGGAUUGAUAGCCGUAGUCGGCAGUAUUACUGUAACGCAAGUGUAACAUUGCUGCAGUAUCUACACUUGGAAAGUUGAUUCAUGGCCAGUGACUGUAUUCUGUGACGUCAUUUGUUUGAUGACGUGGUGCACUGAUCAAUGACGUACGAUUAGGCUGUGUUCCACAAAGCGAUCGUAGAAAGGGGCCCUGUUCACAUAAUUAAUUCCUUGAUACUAUUAUAACCCAGUUCAUCAACUCAACACAUGAUCACUGCAACUUUAGAAGUUUAUUUUAGUGUUUAUGAAACCAACCAUCGUAACAUGCCAGCAUUGUCUGAUGAGUUUCUUAGCUACGAUCCCCGUUGAUGUGUCUGACAUAUUAUAUUCCCCGAUUGUUUCUUUUGACAAAAGUAACAAUGGUUGCUCUGUUUCCGUGUAACUAUUACAGCAAUAAAUACAUUAAUACA